CCAUGCCAGGUCAGUUACACUGGUGCUUUAAGUUGCCCAGUUCUUCAAGUGGACUGAAAUGGUAUAUUUUUUUAUUCGUCAUGCGUUAGAGUGAAUUCUAUCUUACAAGAGGGAGGGGCCAGUUAUCGCAGGAUACAUUUUGAGGUACUGCGUUGAGCACCCGCCCACCUCAAGCACUGAUGUUGCCUACCAUGGACCACACUUUGGUUUGAAUUGGUGUGUCGGGUCAUUGAAAAAAUACGAUAAUCAAAGUAUAACAGUUUAAGGAUACAUACCUGUCUAACAGUUUCGACACACUAAAAUAUAGUCCAUUUUAUUUGGGUAGACCUCAAAAAAGACCUCAAUCAAUUGUAUUGCCUUUAGGCUAUAGGUGUUCCAGCUGCUACACAUGAUUGGUGAUGAUGCCAAGGCCUGUAAAGAACAUAUCUGAUUCUGAUGUGCCAGGUGUUGUCGAGCCGUUGCAAUUCCCCCUGGUGGUGGGAAAAUGAUGUGUUGAAUUUACAGCGCGCUCGCCGGUGCAGAAACGGAGUGAACGGCGAUUGAACGACACACUUUCGGAGAGAGAGAGAGAGAGAGAGAGAAGCACCACUGCCUCUCCUCCACUCGAGUAGCCUACAUAUCUUGAGGCCUGGUUCCUAGUGCUCUCUGGACAGAAAACGCAUUGCACCGCGGCAAUUGUUUUUACAUAGAAUAACUAGGCUACUCUACGGAUACAUCCAAUAUAAAUUCACUUGAAGACGGAUAUAUUUUGGGCUCACGACCCCCGCGAAUAAACGGAAGAUGGCAGUGACUACCUGUACACGUUUUACGGACGAUUUCCAACUAUAUGAAGAACUCGGAAAGGGAGCGUUUUCAGUGGUGCGCCGCUGUGUGAAACUUUGCACCGGCCAGGAAUAUGCUGCCAAAAUCAUCAAUACCAAAAAGCUCUCAGCCAGAGAUCACCAGAAGCUGGAGAGGGAAGCCAGGAUCUGCAGAUUGCUCAAACACUCCAAUAUCGUUCGUCUCCAUGACAGCAUAUCAGAGGAGGGCUUCCACUACCUUCUGUUUGACUUAGUGACAGGUGGAGAGCUGUUUGAGGACAUCGUGGCCAGAGAGUACUACAGUGAAGCAGAUGCCAGUCACUGCAUCCAGCAGAUCCUGGAGGCUGUGUUACACUGUCACCAGUCGGGCGUGGUACACAGAGAUCUCAAGCCAGAGAACCUCCUGCUGGCCAGUAAGUGUAAGAAUGCUGCAGUGAAGCUGGCUGACUUUGGAUUGGCCAUCGAGGUACAGGGAGACCAACAGGCAUGGUUCGGUUUUGCAGGUACCCCAGGCUACCUAUCUCCAGAGGUACUGAGGAAGGAGGCUUAUGGUAAACCUGUAGACAUCUGGGCUUGUGGUGUGAUCCUGUACAUCCUGCUAGUGGGGUAUCCUCCAUUUUGGGAUGAGGACCAACACAAACUCUAUCAGCAAAUUAAAGCAGGAGCUUAUGACUUUCCGUCUCCAGAAUGGGACUCAGUGACUCCAGAAGCCAAGAACCUGAUUAAUCAGAUGUUGACCAUUAACCCUGCCAAGAGGAUCACUGCCCAGGAGGCCCUCAAACACCCAUGGGUCUCCCAACGCUCCACUGUGGCAUCCAUGAUGCACAGACAGGAGACAGUGGAGUGUCUGAAGAAGUUCAACGCCAGGAGGAAACUCAAGGGAGCCGUCCUGACUGCUAUGCUGGUGACCAGGAAUUUCUCUGGUAAAUUCGGUAGACAGUCUACAUCUCCUGCGUCAAUCACUACUGUUCCUGCAACUGCUGCUGGGAUAGUGGAGCAAGCCAAGAGUCUCCUCAACAAGAAGGCUGACGUCAAGCCUAACAGCACGAGAAACAGCACAGUCACCAGCCCCAAAGGAAUCCCCUCUGCUGCACUGGAGCCUCAGACCACUGUUAUCCAUGUGGAUAGGAACAAGGAUUCAUCUGACAGCAACACCACUAUUGAGGAUGAGGAUGUGAAACUGCGAAAACAGGAGAUUAUCAAGAUCACUGAGCAGCUGAUUGAAGCUGUCAACAAUGGAGACUUUGAGGCCUAUGCGAAGAUCUGUGACCCAUGUUUGACGUCAUUUGAGCCAGAGGCCCUGGGGAACCUAGUGGAGGGCAUGGACUUCCACCGGUUCUACUUCGACAACCUCCUGUCUAAGAACAGUAAGCCCAUCCACACCACCAUCCUCAACCCUCACGUCCACCUGAUUGGUGAAGACGCUGCCUGCAUCGCCUACAUACGCCUCACGCAAUUCGUCGACGGCGCUGGCCGCCCAUGCUCCAGCCAAUCAGAGGAGACGAGGGUGUGGCAUCGCCGAGAGAGCAAGUGGCAGAAUGUUCACUUCCACUGCUCUGGAGCACCGGCCGCACCACUGCAGCAGUGAACUGGAGGAGUGAGAGUCUUAGAGAGGAAAGAGAGAGCGAGAGGAGAAAGAGAGGAGAGGAGGAUGGAGAGAGAUGGAGAGAAGAGAGAGGAAAGGAGGAUGUGGAGAGAGAGAGAGG